AUGUCCAACCUUUCAGAGGACAGAAAACCUGCUUCUCUCACACGCUUUGGUCAGUGUGCUUACACAGCCGAGGAGCAGCAAGCUGUUCACAAUGCACUUCGACAGAAGCUCGGCCCAGAAUUUAUCAGUACCAGGAUGGCUGGAGGUGGACAAAAGGUGUGCUACGUCGAGGGCCACCGUGUCAUCAGCCUGGCCAAUGAGAUGUUUGGAUAUAACGGCUGGUCUCACUCCAUCUCGCAACAGACCGUCGACUUUGUCGACCUGGUCAACGGGAGAUUCUACGUUGGCGUGAGCGCUUUUGUCAAAGUGCAACUAAAGGACGGAGCGUUCCAUGAGGACGUGGGUUACGGAGUGAGUGAAGGUCUGAAGUCGAAGGCUUUGUCCCUGGAGAAAGCAAGAAAGGAGGCUGUCACUGAUGGAAUGAAGAGAGCGCUCAAGUGCUUCGGAAACGCAUUGGGAAAUUGCAUCUUAGACAAAACAUACCUACAGGCGAUUAACAAGAUUCCCAAACAGCCGCUGCCCGCUCUGGACCCGGCCCAGACCAAACGCUCGGAAACCGAGCCUUCUUUGGAGAAGGCUCGUUAUGAAAGCUUGCUCCGAGAGGCUCAACCCGCCGUCGCCCAGCCGGUCGUCGAUCUGAGAAAACGCUUUUCAGAAACGCACACCCCUUCAGCUACAGAUGUGGAAAAUAAGAGCGGAGGCUCUAGGCAGAUGGAGACGCCGUCUUCAUCCAAGUUGCUCACAGACCCCAAGCAGCUGCGCAAGCUACGGCAACAGCAGCUUCAACAGAAGUUCCGCAGGGAACUGGAGGCCAAACAGCAGCAGCAGAAGCAAGAGGACAUCAAAACGGAGAACCUGGAGGUGCUCUUUGGAGAAGAUGAUGCCGAAUUUUGGAAUUUGCCCCUGAAUGGAACGGACGAGCCAGGCACGUCCGACAGGGCGCUUAGGCCGAGCACGCCCAAUACUCACAAGAUGCAAACUCGCAGAAAGACGCCACAAAGAACAGGGCAGCAACAGCAGAGGUUCCGCAACGAAAUGGAGGCCAAACAGCAGAAGCAGGAGGAUGUCAAAACGGAGAACCUGGAGGUCCUAUUUGGAGAAGAAGAUCCCGAAUUUUGGAAUUUGUCUCCGAAUGGAGUGGAGGAUCAAGGCACGUCUGACAGGGCGCUUAGGCAGAGCACGCCUAAUAAUCGCAAGAUGCAAACUCGUGGAAAGAUGCCGCAACUGACGGGGCAGCAGCAGCACUCAGAUGGCACAGGACAAGCAUGGCUGCAUCAAGGAAGACCAGUUGAACACCGGAGUCCAUACCGUGGCAGUCAGUUCAUGAAGAAACGCAGAUUGGACCCUUGA